UGUCAUGUCUUGGUUCUGAAACAAGAAACUGUGAAGAAAAAGAAAGAGAAAAAAAAAAUCACACUUUUUUGGGAAAAAGGUCCAAAUUUACAUUAAGAAAAAAGGUUUUUUCUUUUUGCCAUUUUUGGAUUCUGGUGGUUUUCAAAAAAACAAAGAUCACGAGUGUCACUUGUGUUUCUCUGUAACCGUUUCAUUUGCUGAAUUCAAUUGCAGAGACAGAAGAAAAAAAGACAGAACAUAACCCAAAAGAUUCAAUUGUUUUGCUCUCUUCUUCUUCUACUCCUUCAUUGAGAAUCUUCACAAACAGAAAAAAAAAAUGGAUUCUGAUCUUUAUAUCUUUGAUGGGUCUUCUUCUUCUUCCUCAAUUUGCCACAGUACUGAUCCUGAUAUGUUUUCUUCAGACACAACAACAACAACAGAUCUCUUCUGCAACAAUCCUUAUCUCAAUCCAUUAAUGGAUGAUCAUCAAUCUCUCAGUUUCUUUGAAAGUUUUACCCCAACGAGUCAUCAUCUCCUCUCUUCUUCUCCACCAAUCUCUCAGCUCCAAACCUUAACUCUCUCUCACACAAACAGUUUCCCCAAUUUCUCCGGUUUCGAAAACUUCGACGCCGUCAAAACAGAGCAGCUCUUGUUUAAUUCUCCCUUUGAUGCUCCAAUCAUGGAAGAUUCCUCCAAUUUCCAGAAUCAGAAUUUGUUAAACUCGCCGGAAGAUUCCUUCUUCUCCUGUCACAUGCGACGAGUUUAUAGCACCGGAGAUUUGCAGAAUUUAGGAAGGGAUUUUACGGGACAGAGAUCAUACUCGAGUCCUUUGGCGGCGGAGAGUUCAUCAACGACGGUUUUUUCCGGCGAAGAACAAAGCUUGAGGGUAGGGCGUUACAGUUCCGAAGAACGUAAAGAGAAGAUUUCUAAGUAUAGGGCUAAACGAACACAGAGAAACUUCACCAAAACCAUUAAGUAUGCAUGCCGGAAAACGUUGGCGGACAACAGACCAAGAGUACGUGGCAGAUUUGCAAGAAACGACGAAGUUUUUGAGAACCCCAAGAUUGCUUCUUCCUUCACUAGACAAGAAAACGACGACGACCUUUGGAAUUUGGAUGGGUUGCAUGAGGAAGAAGAAGCUUGUGUGGACUUAGUGGAAUGUCAGUCUCAGUCUCAGUCUCAGUCUCAGCCUCAGUUGCAAAUGCAAUACAUGACAAAUUCGUACUGGUGAAAUUAAAGUCUCUGUUUGAGAAGGAAGAGAUUAAUAUUUUUCCCAUUUAGUUUUAAUAUGCAGACGAAUCGAAUCAAAUCAUAUUAUAUUAGCAAUGCAUUGUAGUUUAAUGGUUGGAUUUACCAUGAAGUUAAGUAAUCAUAAGUCGGAUAUUUGCACUGUAUACGUUUUUAAUGACAUAAAGAGAUUAGUCAGAAAGAUUUGGG